AUGAAAGAAGACUUGGAGCUCUACGGCAAUGAGCUCAACUACCUCUUCACUGCGCUAAAUAUCCACACAACUUCACCACCUACUUCAAUAUCGCCUAUUGUAUUAUGUCAAUUCCGACUUAAAUCAUCAUCACUUACUUGGUGGCUUCCGUCACUUGAAAUAUUGUGGGGAAUCAUCACUGGUCUAUUUGCGGUGACUACAAACGCAAAGCAAGCAUACAUCCUUCGAGCAUUUCUGGGGCUCUGCGAAAGCACAGCCUAUCCAGGCAUGAUCACUCUAUUUAUGUCAUGGUAUACUCCAUUGGAAAUGGCUAAGAGAAUAGGAUUCUACCACUCUUGCCAAGGUGUUGGACAAGUCAUAUCCGGUGCAAUGCAAGCCGCUAUUGUAAGGUCUCUGGAGGGUAGACACGGACUGCGAGGCUGGAGAUGGCUGUUCAUCAUCAAUGCGAUCAUUACAGUUGUUCAAGGCGCCGCUGGCUAUUUCAUGCUUCCGGAUUCCCCUCAUAGGCCCAAUCCUUGGUCUUUCUGGUUCAAGAAACAUCACGCCGAAUUUGCCAUGCACAGGCGUGAAAGGGAAAAUAGAGUGGACAUGAAACCAAUCACAUGGGCCGCCGCAAAGCGAACAUUCACCACGUGGCUAGUGUAUGUGGUUACGGCUAUGUAUAUUGCCAUGGUUUGCGGAACACUAGGGUAUAAUUACUUCAAUUUGUUCCUGAAAGCCCUAAGAAAUGGGGACGGAUCGCUUAGAUGGACUGUGGAAGAGAUCAAUCUUAUCCCGAUUGGAGGAAGUGUCAUAACGGUUGUGUUUGUCUGGGUAUGGGCGUUCCUCUCCGACUUUCUAAGAACGCGAUGGACCUUGAUUGUUGUGCAAGCCGGAAUUACCAUCAUCGCUUCGAUAAUCAUGAUAAUCUGGACGCGGAACCCCGACACAAUUCCGGUCGCAGCAGGCUACGCUGGAUACUUCUUGACCACACUGGCUCUAGGUACUGCUCCAUUGAUUUGGACUUGGCUCUCUGACCUUGCGCCACAAGAACCAGAGGAGCGAUCUCUUACAGUCGGUUGUGCCAUUUCGGGCUAUUAUGCUACAUCUGCAUGGAGUCAGGUUCUCAUGUGGCCAGCAAGCCAAGCACCUUACUAUAAACAUGGCUGGGAAGCAUCGCUAGGACUUCUCUGCUUAGUGAUCGUGAUCGCAGUUUCUCUACGUAUUGCCGAAUUAAAGUAUUUAGCCAAGAAUAAUGAAAGCCACGGCUUUGUGCAAGGUGUCAAGGAGGAUAUUGCAGUGGUAGACAUCGUUGAGGGAACUAAAUCAGCAUCGAAACGUGAGGCCGAGGUCGCCUGA